ACAGGGACUUCCUCCGAGGGACCCCAGACCCUGGCUGCGAGAAUGAGGACUCCCCGGCCCCAAAUAUACCUUACGCUGACGGCAGGUGCAAUCACCCUCCUUCUCUUCCGACUGCACCUGUCCCCGCCCGUCUGCGUGGUCCCGGAGUCCCCAUCGGGCACCCCCGAGGUUCAGACCUGGCCCAUGCCACCUGCUCGCCCAUCUCCGACCCCGUGCCAGGCCAACGAGUCCAUGGCCUCCCUGCCGGAGUUUUUGGGCCAGCCCCAACACGUGCGGAACUUCCUGCUGUACCGGCACUGCCGGGACUUCCAGCUCCUGCAGGACGCGCCGCUGGAGAAGUGCGCGGGGCCCGUGUUCCUGCUCCUGGUGAUCAAGUCCUCGCCCGGGAACUACGAGCGCCGGGAGCUGGUGCGCCGCACCUGGGGCCUGGAGCGCCGUGUGCUGGGGCUGCAGCUGCGCCGCCUCUUCCUGGUGGGCACUGCGCCCAGCCCGCACGAAGCCAGCAAGGUGAACCGGCUGCUGGCGCUCGAGUCGCAGAGGCACGGUGACAUCCUGCAGUGGGACUUCCACGACACCUUCUUCAACCUGACGCUCAAGCAGGUGCUGUUCCUUCAAUGGCAAGAGACGAGAUGCAGCAACGCCAACUUCGUGCUCAACGGGGAUGAUGAUGUUUUUGCACACACAGAUAACAUGGUCUCCUACCUGCAGAACCAUGACCCCAGCCGCCACCUUUUUGUGGGUCACCUGAUCCAAAAUGUGGGGCCCAUUCGGGUUCCCUGGAGCAAGUAUUAUGUCCCAAAGGUGGUGACUCAAGAAGAGCAUUAUCCUCCCUACUGUGGGGGCGGUGGCUUCCUCCUGUCCCGCUUUACGACGGAUGCCAUACGCCCGGUGGUGGGAGGGUUCAUCGAGGCUGUGAAAGAGGUCUUCCCUCUCCUGACCUGUGAUGUCAUACGGUCUAAUGCAGUCACCACAAACAGAAUAGAGACAGCUGUCCAUGGAAGGCAUAGAACCUCAGAUUCUGGAAUCUCCCCAGGGCUUGUCUCCCUGAGAAUUCAGGAAAUUCAGGAAGGGUACUGGGGCUGGAGGGGUCUUCACCAGGUCUGA